GCUUGGUCAGUCGUGAGGUGACAGUGUUGCAACUAAAAUGGAUUAUGAGCCAUCCGAAAAGAUCAUUGAUCGCUACCAUGUCAUCCGUAAAUUGAGCUGGGGCGACUACUCUACUGUUUGGCUGUGCUGGGACUUGCAGGCAAUGAGAUAUGUGGGAAUUAAAAUUUUCAAGUCGGCACGCUUGGCCAAGACGAUAAGGGACGAAAUAAAGAUACUCAAGACGGUGCGCGAGACCGAUCCAUCGAAUCCACGCCGUCGCAAAACCGUCCAGAUGCUGGACGACUUCAAGAUCACCGGCCUUAAUGGCACCCAUAUUUGUAUUGUGUUCGAGAUGCUGGGUGACAAUCUCCUGAAACUCAUACGGAAGUCCCCAUUACGCGGUAUUCUACUGGCCAACGUCAAAGCUAUUACCCGCCAGGUGCUGGAGGGUCUUGACUAUCUUCACACGUGCUGCCAGAUCAUCCAGACGGACAUAAAGCCCGAGAAUGUCUUCCUGUGCAAUGCCGAUCUGGGCAAAUCUUGUUGGGUUAAUCAUCACUUGACUGAGGACAUUCAAACGCGCCAAUAUCGGUCACUAGAAGUUAUUAUCGGUGCGGGCUAUAACACCUCUGCGGAUAUCUGGAGCACUGCAUGCAUGGUAUUCGAACUGGCCACCGGUGACUAUCUUUUUGAGCCACACUCCGGCGAAUCGUACACCCGCGACGAGGACCAAUUGGCCCACAUCAUCGAGCUGCUGGGUCCAAUACCGCGGUUUUUUCGAGCUCGAUCCGAACAAGCGUGCCACCGCUGCGGAGUGUCUGCAGCACCCGUGGCUUAGAUAAGAUAC